AUGGAGACCAAUUCACCGGGAACGUCAGCAUCUUCCAAAGCCACAAUGGCAGGGAAGACCAGCUCAGCUGGGCACACAGCCAUCCACACGUCUGGCGGGCACAUGGGGAUGAACCACACUGGUCCAGGCACUGAUGUAACAGCAAACCCCUCCUCAGGGCCAACGUCCCAUACUGGGACUGAUGGGUCAACAACCUCAGAGUCCACGCACACUGGAGCCACCAAUGGAAGGAUAGCUUCUUCCCCAUCAGGGCCAGAAUCUACAGGCCAGAGCAGCAUGCCCCUAACGACACUGACUCAGGUCUCUCCGACUGCUCUCCGCACCACAGGUCCCCUCACCUCCAACAACUCGGGGGCCACCACCUCCCCGGCCAACCCUGCUGCUCCCAGCUCCACACCUUCAGGGAGCAGCCCUGUGUCCAGCACAGCCUCUGAGGCGUCCUCUGCCCCCAGCACUGUGCCUGUGCAGGAAAGCAGCCCUGCCAGCUCCCCAGGAACCAGCGGUGCCACCAGCUCCCCCUCCACUGAACCUCCCACCACAUGGACACACAGCCUCUCCACACCUGCGUCCACCAGGGCAAGUCUCCAGUCCACCAGUGAAGUGGCCACCCUGACACAAGAGUCAAUACCCCUGACUGUUACCACCUCAACAGACAGCCAAGGGCCCAGCACACCUGCCCAGGAAGCCAGCUCUCUGAGCCCCACAGCCUGGCACACAAAUUCUGCCUCCUCCUUCUCAUCCUUGGCCUCCAACUCCACCUCAGCAGUACCCCAGUCCAGUGUGCAGACCACCACAACUGGACUGGAAUCUGGGCCCUCUGCCUCAGGCCAAUCUACUGCUACUCUGGUGCACACCCCAACCACGGGGGACUCUGGGGUGUCCAAACCCACACCUACGUCCUCAGGGGUCUCUGAGACAGAGAUGGACACCCAUUCCCCAGGAUCCUCAACAUCUGCCCAGACCAUGCCCGCAGGGGAGACCAGCUCGGCUGGGCACACGGCCAUCCACAAUUCUCUCGGGAACUUGGGCAUGACUCAAGCUUGCCCAGGCAUCGACAUUACAGCGGCAACCUCCUCAGGGAAAAUGUCUGAUACGCGGCCCUACUGGUCAACCAUCUCUGAGACCACACACACCAGAGCCAGCAGCAGAAGGACAGAAUCCACAGGACUGACCAGCAUUCCCCAAACAGCCCCAAAUCAGGUCUCUCCGAAUGCUCUCCACACUCUGGGACCUCCCACCUCCACAUCCUUGGGAACUGCCAGUGCCACCAGCUCCCUGAAUACCGAACCUCCCAGCGAGAGGACACACAGCCUCUCCAUGCCUGCUUCCUCCAGGGGGAAUCUCCAGUCCACCACAUCAGUUUCCACCUCGACACAGGGGUCAUUUCCACCGACUGUGACCAAAUCAAGGGACAGCCUGGGGGCCAGCACACCUGCCCAUGAGGCCAGCUCCUGGGUUCCCAGAUUCUGGGAGACAACUCCACCUGCCUCCUCCUCCUCCUCCUCCUCCUCCUCAUCUUCCUCCUCCUCCUCUUUCUCUUUCUCUACUUCCUCAGCGGUGCCCCGUUCCAGCAUGCAAAUUACCACCACGGGACUGGAAUCCAGCCCAACAGACUCAGGCCAAUCCACUGCUAUUCUUGCACACACCUCAACCACGGGGGAUUCGGGGGUGUCCAAAUCCACACCCACAUCUUCGGGGAUCUCUAAGACAGACACGGAGACCCAUUCUCCGAGGACCUCGGGACCUGCCCAGAGCACGCCAGCAGGGGAGACCAGCUCGGCUGGGCACAUGGGCUCUGCCCGGGCUGGCCCAGGCACCAGUGUCACAGCAGCACCGUCCUCAGGCCCCACGUCCUAUGUGGGGCCUGACUGGUCCACCACCUCAGAGUCCACACACACUGGAGCCACCAGUGGAAAGAUGCCUUCCACACCAUCAGGGCCAGAAUCUGCAGGCAUGAGCAGCAUCUCCCAAAUGAUACUGACUCAGGUCUCCCCCACUGCUCUCCGCAUCCCAGGUCCUGCCACCACCACAGCUAUGGGAAUCACUGGUGCCAUCAGCUCCCCCUCCACCAAAAAUUCCAAUGCAAGGAGAUACAGCCUCUACAGGCCUGCUUCAACCAGGGAGAGUCUCCAGUCCACCAGCGAGGCUGCCACCCAGACACGGGUGUCAAUGCCACAGACUGUGACCACCUCAGUGGACAGCCUGGGGGCCAGCACACCUUACCACGAAGCCAGCUCUCGGGGACCCAGAGCCUGGCAAACGAAUCCUGCCUCUUCCUCCUCCACUUCCUCCUCCAACUCAACAGUCCCACGGUCCAGCAUGCAGACCAGCACCUCUGGCCUGGAAUUCCUCCCCACUGCUUCAGGACAAUCCAGUACUCCUCUAGCGCACCCCUCAAUCGCAGGAGUUUCCAUGGUGUCUAAAUCCACAGCCACAUCCUCCAUGCUCUCGGAGAAGGCCGCGCAGACCCAUUCCCCUAAGACCUCGGCAUCUGCCCAGACAUCACCUACGGGUGAGACCAGCUUGGCUGGGCACACAGCCACCCACACAUCUGGCAGGACAAGGGGCACAGCCCAGGCUGACCCAGACACCAAUGUCACAGCAGUCCCCUCCUCUGGCAGAACAUCCCAUGCCGAGCCUCAGUGGUCCUCCAUCACUGCAUCCACCAGUGGAAGGACAGCUUCUUCCCCAUCAGGGCCAGGAUCUGCAGGAAUAAACAGCUUCCCCCAAACAACCCUGACUCAGGACUCGCAGAAUGCCGUCCACAACGGGGGUCCCCCCACCACCACAGCAUCAGGAGCCAGCACCUCCCCAACCACUCCUGCUGCUCCCAGUUCCACAACCCCAGGGAGCAGCCCUGUGUCCAGCACAGGCACUGAGGUGUCCUCUACCCCCAGCACUGCACCUGUGCAGGAAAGCAGCCCUGCCAGCUCCCCAGGAACCAGAGGUGCCACCAGCUCCCCCUCCACCAAACCUCCCACCACAUGGACACACAGCCUCUCCACGCCUGCUUCCACCAGGGAGAGUCUCCAGUCCACCAGUGAGGCUGCCACCCCAACACAGGCAUCAGUGCAACAGGCUGCGACCACCUUAAUGGACAGCCUGGGGACCAGCACAAUGGCCCACAAGGCGAGCUCUUGGGGCUCCACAGCCUGGCAUUCAAAACCUGCCUCCUCCUCCUCCUCCUUAGGAGUAACAUGGUCCAGCAUGCAGACCACCACCUCUGGACUGGAAUCCAGCUCCUCGCCCUCAGGCCAAUCCACCACUACUCUGCCUCACCCCUCGACCACGGGGCAUUCCAGGGUGUCCAAAUCCAUACCCACAUCCACUGCGGUCUCUGAGUCGGACAUGGAGCCACAUUUCCUGAAGACCUCGGCUUCUGCCCAGACCACAACAGCAGGGCACACCAGCUUGACUGCACACACAGCCAUCCACACAUUGGGCAGGCACACGGGCACCGCCCAGACUGGUCCAGACAUGGGUGUCACAGGAUCCUACUCCUCGGGAGCAGCCACCUCCGCAGCCACCCCUGCUGCUCCCAGCUCCACACCCUCAGGGAGCAGCCUUGUGGCCAGCACAGCCUCUGAGGUGCCCUCUGCCCCCAGCACUGGGCCUGAGCAGAGAAGCAGCUCUGAAAGCUCCACAAAAACCAGCAGUGACACCAUCUACCCCUCUACCCAGCCUCCAACCACAUGGACACACAGCCUCUCCACGCCUGCUUCCACCAGGGAGAGUCUCCAGUCCACCAGCAAAGCGGCCACACUGCAACUGGGGUCAAUGCCACCAACUGUGACCAAAUCAAAGGACAGCCUGGGGACCAGCACACCUUCCCAGGAGGUGAGCUCUCAAGGCCCCACAGCCUGGCAGACAAAUCCUGCCUCCUCCACCACCUCCUCCUCCUCUUCCUCCACCACCUCCUCCUCCUCUUCCUCCUCCUCCUCAACAGUACCCAAGUCCAGCAUGCAGACCGACACCUCGGGAAAAUCCAUCGCUACUGUGCUGCUUCCAACAAACACAGAGGAAUCUAUGGUGUCCAAAUCCACACCCACAUUAACGGGGGUCUCUGUGGUGGACACAGGGGCCCAUUCCCCAUGGACCUUGGCUUCUUCCUCGAACAUGCCAGCAGGGCAGACCAGCUCCGCUGGGCACACAGCCAUCCACACACCAGGCGGACACACGGGUUCUGCCCAGGCUGGCCCAGACAUGGACCUCACAACGGCCUCCCAUGUGGGGCCCAACCAGUCCACCACAUCUGAAAUCACACACACUGGAGCCAUCAGCAGAAGGACAGCUUCCUCCACAUCUUGGACAGAAUCUGCAGGAGCGACGAGCAUCCCUCAGAUGACCCGGAUUCAGGUUAUGCCCACUGCUCUCCAUACGCCAGGUCCCUCGCCGAGCACAGCCUCUGCAGCCACCACCAACCCUGUUGCUCCUGCUGCUCCAAGCCCCACACCCUCAGGGAGCAGCCCUGUGUCCAGCACAGCGUCUGAGGCUUCCUCUGCCCCCAACACUGCACCUGUGCAGCAGAGUAGCUCUACUGGAACCAGCAGUGCCACCAUCUCCCUGUCUACUGAACCUCCCACCACAGGGACACACAGCCUCUCCACGCCUGCGUCCACGAGGGAGAAUCUUGAGUCCACCAGCAAGGCGGCAACCCUGACACAGGAGUCAAUGCCACAGACUGUGACCACCUCAAUGGAUAGCCUUUGGGAAAGCUCACAUACCCACAGUGCCAGCUCUCAGGGCUCCACAGGCUGGCAUAAAAGUCCUGCCUUCUCCGCUUCCUCCUCCUCCUCCUUAGGAGUCCCAUGGUCCAGCAUGCAGACCAUCACCUCUGCACUGGCAUCUGGCUCCUCUGCCUCAGGACAAUCCACAACUACUCUUCCUCUUCACUCAACAGUGGGGGACUCUGGGGUUUCCAAAUCCACACCCACAUCCAUGGGGGUCCCUGAGUCGAACACAGAGAACCAUUUCCUGGGGACAUCAGUAUCUGCCCUGACCACUGCAGCAGGAGAGACCAGCUCAACUGCACACACAGCCAUCCACACAUCGGGCGGGCACACGGGCACAUUCCAGGCUGGCCCAGGCACCUAUGUCACAGCAGCCUCCUCCUCUGGGGCAGCCACCUCCUUGGCCACCCCUGCUGAUCCCCGAUCCAUAUCUUCAGGGAGCAGCCUUGUAGCCAGCAGAGCCUCUGAGAUGCCCUCUGCCCCCAGAACUGCAGAUGGUAAGGAAAGCAGCUCCGCCAGCUCCAAGGAAAGCAGCAGUGACACCAUCUCCCGCUCUACCCAGCUGCCAUCCACAUGGACACACAGCCUCUCCACACCUGCUUCCACCAGGGAGAGUCUCCAGUACACCAACGAAGCAGCCACCCCGACACAGGGGUCAAUGCCUCUUACUGUUACCACCCCAAAGGACAUCCAGAGGGCCAGCACACCUGCCCACAAAGCCAGCUCUAGGGGCCGCACAGACUGGCAGACAAAUCCUGCCUCCUCCUUCUCCUCCUCAGCGGUGCCCCAGUCCAGCAUGCAGACCACCACCUCUGCACUGGCAUCUGGCUCCUCUGCCUCAGGACAAUCCACAACUACUCUUCCUCUUCACUCAACAGUGGGGGACUCUGGGGUUUCCAAAUCCACACCCACAUCCAUGGGGGUCCCUGAGUCGAACACGGAGAACCAUUUCCCGGGGACCUCAGUAUCUGCCCUGACCACUGCAGCAGGAGAGACCAGCUCGACUGCACACACAGCCAUCCACACAUCAGGCGGGCUGGGCACGGCCCAGGCUGACCCAGACAUGCAUGUCACAGCAUCUUCCUCCUGGGGAGCAGCCACCUCCCCAGCCACCCCUGCUGCUGCCAGCUCCACGCCCUCAGGGAGCAGCCCUGUGGCCACCACAGCCUCUGAGGUGCCCUCUGCCCCCAGCACUGUCCCUGAGCAGGAAAGCAGCUCUGAAAGCUCCAAGGAAAGCAACAGUGACACCAUCUCCCCCUCUACCCAGCCUCCCACCACACAGAGACACAGCCUUUCCACGCCUGCUUCCACCAGAGAGAGUCUCCAGUCCACCAGCGAAGUGGUGACACAGGUGUCAAUACCCCUGACUGUUACCACCUCAACAGACAGCCAAGGACCCAGCAUGCAGAACACCACCUCUGGACUGAAAUCGCGCUCCUCUGCCUUGCUCCAAUCAACCACUACUCUGGCGCACCCCUCAACCCCGGGUUACUCUGGGGUGUCCAAAUCCACACCCACAUCCACGGGGGUCUCUGAGUCAGGCAUGGAGACCCAUUUCCUGAAGACCUCGGAUUCUGCCAAGACCACACCAGCAGGAGAGACCAGCUCGACUGCACACACAGCCAUUCACACAUCGGGUGGGCACUCGGGCAAGGACCAGGCUGGCCCAGGCGCUGAUGUCACAGUUGCCUCCUCCUCAGGGGCAGCUACCUCCCCAGCAACCCCUGCUGCUCCCAGCUCCACACCCUCAGGGAGCAGCCCUGUGGCCAGCACAGCCUCUGAGGCGUCCUCUGCACCCAGCACUGUGCUUGAGCAGGAAAGCAGCGCUGCCAGCUCCCCCGGAACC